AUGCGUCCUUUCUUUGUCUUGACUUCCUUUUGUAUAGCUAGCUACGAUGAAAAUGUCGUUCCCCGCCUCCUUCAAGAAGACGACACUACGGGGAUCGUCGAAGAAGCCCAUAAUAUUUUGAACGAACAAGCGAAUGCAGUGCAGGACCAGCCAGUGGCGACUAUCAACCUACCGACGAUUGCCACAAACGGAUUGAGCAACAUCACCGCUUUCUCGAACUCGGUGAGUAACCAGCUGCAGCAGCUCCAGCAACAGCAGAACAACUUGACGCAAGGUCUUCAACAAGGUCUGACUCAGGGCAACUUGACUCAGGGCAACUUGUCUCAAGGCAAUUUGAUGCAAGGCCUGCAGCUGGGUAACUUUACUGUCCCCGGACUCAACGGCUCCGGACUAAAUGGUACUGUUCUAGACCCGUCUGCACUUCUGGGUUCAGUGACUACCUCGUCGUCGACUGGGACUCCUGCCUCGACCGGGGCUCUAGCCUCGACCGGCCUGAAUGCUCUAAUCGGACAAGUGGUUCCUUCCGCAACAGGCGGGUCGUCCGUUGUCAACAGCACAAGCACCACUGGAGACAUUAGCGCCCUUGUCCGGCAAGCACAGCAGCAGUUACAGAACCAGUACGCUCAGUACGUUGCUCAGCUGCAACAGACCGUAGCGAACAACAACCUUUCGGCUUCCUCGUUGAGUUCGGUCCUUGGAGCCCAACCCGCUACUUCCACGGGCGUUACGAUGAAUGGUGUAAACGCCAUUACGGCUAACACGACCAGUGAAGGCGACAAGGCUCUUCAAGGCAUGGGGGGGCUCACCGAGACUAACUCCAUGGCAAGUGACCUUUCCAAUACGCUCAACAACAGUUUGAACGCCCUCACAGGAGGACAGAGCAACCCGUUGGGUUACCUUUCGCAAGACUUGACAAACUCACUUCAGAACAGCUUGAACGGCUUGUAUGGUCAGAGUAACGGUCUUGGCGACCUUACCAGCGGCAUCACCAACGGUCUCGCUAACACUCUGAACAAUGGGCUCAGCAAUAGCCUCGGUAGCUUGAACAACGGCUUGAGCAAUAGCUUGAACAACGGCUUGAGCAAUAGCUUGAGCAACUACAACAAUGGGUUGAACAACGGACUGAGCAAUGGAUUAAACAACCUGAAUAAUGGAGUGAGCAACAGCCUGAACAAUCUGAGUAACGGAAACUUGGCGGGUUUGACCAACGGGCUUGCGAAUUACCAGUUACCGAGUUACCAGUUACCGAACCUAAGUUCAGGGAGUCUGAGUCUUCCCAACGCGGAUAGUCUUACCAAUCAGUUACAGCAGACCCUGGGGAAUAGUUUGGGCAACUUGAAUCUCGGUAGCCUUGGCUCGAAUGGCUUGUCGUACAGCCUUCCCGGCUACAGCUUGAAUGAUUUGAGCGACAGUUUGAGUCAGCAGAUCGAAAAUUCGCUUCAGCAUGUUGCCAUAAGGAGAUUGCAGGAGCAGGCUUUGCAACAGCAGGCUUUGCAACAGCAGGCUGUGCAACAGCAGGCUGUGCAGCAAGUCGCCCAGGCCAAUCAAGGGCUUCAAACUGUUGCUCAGAACGUUGCUCAGAACGUUGCUCAGAGUGCUGCUCAAAACGUUGCCCAGGAGACUCAGAUGGUGGGUCAAGUCGCCCAGGGUGUUCAGCAAGCUGUAAGCAAUGGACAAGUGGGCUCCGCAGGUGUGCAGAUGGCCCCUACCGGCAUUGUCUUGACAGGGUUUCAGACGAGACCCUGGGGUGUGGGUACAGGACUGAAUUUUGGUAAUGGUUAUCCCAGCGGCGCACUUGUCGGUCAAGGCUCGCUUCUGGGUCAACAGCAACAGCAGCAACAACAGCAUCAGCAGUAUACGGUCAAGGAUGUUCUGAAUACGUUGUCACAGUCCAGUGCGAAUUUGACUCAGGCGGUUCAUGAGUUGGCGGAUUCUAACAUUGAUAUAAAUGGCAUCGUGCGAGGUGUGAUGACUUGUCACCCUUCAUUUGAUUACGCCAUGCAACAGUUGGCUGAAAGUGGAUUGGAUGUGAACGCCUUUUUGAAGAAGGUGGUUGAUGACAAUGUUGACGUGAACACAUUGAUCAAGGAGCUCGCGUAUAAUAAUCUGUCUGUGGACCAACUCUUUAGGAACUUGGCCAAUGGCGGUGUGGACUUCAACAAAGUUCUUAAGGAUCUGAGCAAUUCGAAUCUGAACAUCGACGAUGGUCUACAGAAGCUGAAGAAUACUGGAAUUGACGCAGCGAUUGUCCUAAACUCUCCAGCACUCCCAGGUAUGGUGAAUGCAGGCGUUCUAACCAACCCUCAAGUGGCCGACCUACUCAGCAGCUUGCCUUCGGCCGGGAACAAGCUUUGA